UAGCCAUUUAGUAUUUAAAUCGAUACAGCUCGUUUAGAAUGGAUAUGGAACUUCGAAAUAAAUCGAUUGUAACGUUUGAAUGCCUUGUCUAACGCUAGUGACAAAUAAUAGUCUGUUGUAAAUACAAGCGCUCACGAACUGUGUGUGACAGAAAAACGUCUCAUUUCGCUCCCAAUUUCGAAAAAUCACCCGUGCGUUCCAGUGUUAAUACCACACACCAUAUCUGCCCUAAAGAGUACUGAAAAUGACUAAUAUCUCAGAGUUAUGGAUGGAUGGAUGGUAUGCGCAUUAGGACGCGGGCUCGGUUUAUCAUAAACACGAAUUCAGUCACUGGCAAGAAUCGGAGCUUUUUAAACUCCGAGUCAAUUGAAUCAAAUGCUUCUCAAAAUGAUUCAUUGUUUUGAAUCGCUCGAAUCAGCGCGCGCUGACGACUCUUCUGCUCGAAACUGUGUAAACACAACGAAAACAAACACAAACAUGUGUAACUACAACUUUACAAACCAACUGUAAACGUCUUAAUUAAAGUGGAAGCUAUUAAAUAUAAUAUACAAUUCAGAAAACAGCAAAUAUUAAUCUUAAUGCAAAUAUAAAGCUUGUAUAUAAUUUUAGUUGUUUUUUUCUUUCAGUCUGACUGACUCCCUCACCAGAGAUUUACUUUGGGUUUAUAUUUCUAUCUUUUAAAUUCUCAUCUUAAACAGAACGCAGAGAAAAACUUAUUCUGAAUGAAUUGAGAUCCACGUGAUAAAGAUGGAGUUUAUUAAAGAGGAGAUUGAAGACGUGAAGAUUGAAGAAGCUUUCAGAAUCAAACAAGAAGAUACUGAGACACAAACAGACCUGAUGCUGCUGAAAAUGGAGAGUCAAGAAUUCGAUGAAGUGGAAGAGAAAAAUCUGUGCGAGAUAAAACGUGAUUUCAUGACGGGAGAAAAACCCAGACCGACUGAAAAGAUUUCCUCCCGAAAAAGAGCUCAGAAGACCAAACCUAAUCAAACACAAAAACAAAACCCUGAAACCCACAAGAGCGUUCACACUAAAAAGAUGUUUGUAUGUGAUCAGUGUGGAAAGAAUUUCUCAAAAAAGAAAUGCCUUAAAAUACAUGUAUUUAUUCACUCCACGGAGAAACCUUUCACGUGCAACGAGUGUGGAAAGACUUUCAAAUUAAACAAAUACCUUUCGACUCACAUGAGAGUUCACACAAAAGAGAGGCCUUUCACCUGCAAACAGUGUGGAAAGAGCUUUUCACAAGAAGUGCAUCUGAACACUCACUUGAAAGUUCACUCUGGAGAGAAGGCGAUCACAUGCGACCAGUGUGGAAAGAGAUUCACUCGUAAAGGAGACCUUAAUACCCACAUGACCCUUCACACAGGAGUGAGACCUUACAUCUGUCAAGUGUGUGCAAAGAGGUUCUCAUGCAAAGGAAAUCUUAACACUCACAUGAGAACUCACACUGGAGAGAAGCCCUUUAUAUGUGACCAGUGUGGAAAGAGUUUCAGAUUUAGGGCAACUCUUAGCUACCACAUGACUAUUCACUCAAGGGCAAACUCUUUCAUCUGUCAUCAGUGUGGAAGGAGUUUUACAGACAGAGAUGAUCUUAAGACUCAUGUAAUGACUCACACCGGAGACGAGCCCAACAUGUGCCAUCACUGUGGAAAGAGUUUCUCAAAGCAAUUCCUCCUUAAGAAUCACAUUAGGAUUCACACUGGAGAGAAACCCUUCACCUGCAAACAGUGUGGAAAGAGUUUCGCCAUUAAAGUAAACCUACAGUCUCACAUGAGGGUUCACUCUGGAGAGAAGCCGUUCACCUGCCAUCAUUGUGGAAAGAGUUUCAAAAUUAAAAGAAACUUUAACAGUCAUGUGAGCCGUCAUGUGUAAAAUGUAUUCAGCCAUCGCACUUGAUGCAUCUGUGCAUGUGUUUGAGACGCUAUAUGUGUCGAAGGAGGCAUGGGGAAAAGCCCUUAGAGAAAAGAAAAAUAACUUAGUUUUUUCUUUUAGUUUCAGUGAAUCUUGGCUUCCGUCGACAUUUAACUGAAUAUACUUGCUUUGCUCCACUGCCUCUAGCUUGUUGCAUGAAGCUAGAUUAACUAAUUCAGAGUAGGUUUAGAGUUGACAAAACCAAGCAAAUCCAACUUCCAACACUCGAUAGGUCUAUAAAUGUUAUGUCAUCUCAGCGUUUGGACCUGAUUAUGUGAUUAACACUGGAGUGCAGACACCUGAAACUACGGCUGGGAAUCGAUUACAAAAAGAAUAGAUUCCGAGGUGUUGGGAAUCAAAGGGGAAUUGACUCUUCAUUCAGUCUUUUACAGUUCAACAAAGCUUAUAUAGAGUCCUUUAAAAGAAAGGCUACAUCUGACAAAGGCUGCACACAUUUAAAAUCACAAAAAUAAACCGAAAGAAAACGAGUCGGUACUGAUCAUUUGAAUUUUAGGAUGUAGUCUUCCAUUUCAGAAGCACAAUUCUCAAAAGCCGUAAUUACAACAGUUGUGAGAUAAAAGAUUAUUUUUACAUUUUAUAUAAAAGAAAAAAAUGUAUAGAUUCGGAGGAUAUUUUAUGGUAGAACUGGUCCAAAAUUAUCCUCAAUAUUGAGCCCUGCUCGACAGAACAGAUCUUGACAUCAUUGAGGGUCUUGAUCUUAUUACCAUCUAAAAUACUAUUAUUUAAAACGUUUCUAUCAGCCAAUGAAAAUUAUAAAAGAAUGUCAGUGGCCGAGAGCGCAUCUGAUUGACAAAUAAACCAUGAGCUCUAUCAGUCAUUAAUAUUCAGGUUAUUUUGUUUCAGCAUACAGUUUGUUAAUAUUGUGCAAAGUAUACAAAGUGAACUUCAUCAUUUAGCUGAACUGUGCACAUUUAUUUAUUUUUUUACAAACAAAGCUUCCUGUUAAAGGAAGGAUACAUUAUUUGACCUAUUCUGCAGUCAUCAUGGUGAGAUUAGGUUCCUUCAUUCUGCAAAUAACAGUGAGGAAUCGAUUCUUGCAAUCUAUUCCCAUCAAUUCCAGGACCAGGAAUUGUAAUCGAUUCCAGAACAGCCCUACCUAAAAUAAAAUGGAGAGCCUCAGUUUGAUAAUCUUCUCUGCUGAAGAUUAGGAGAUAUUAUUACCCAUGUAAUUGACAUUCUGCCCGUUUGCUUUUAAUUUCAUGGACUUUUAGUAUGUAUAUCCUCUUGUAACCUGUUGUAUUUUCCUCCCAGACAUUAGUCACUAUGGCUACUCAUUAACUAGUCCUCUUUGAGACCAUGCAUUUUAAGUCCAGGAUCGUGUAUUGUUUCUGUUAAGAGAUAGUGUGGUGUUCUACAUGUUGUAUCGUUUAUUCUUUUUUCUAUUGGAUUUCCUGAGUUUACUUUUAAUAAACCAGUGUAUUUAUAA